AUGCCAUUGCACACGGUCGCACUAGGAGCGGCUUUAACUCCAACAGUCAUCCAGACUCUUAUUUCUCACUACCUGCAUCGCAAGUCCCAUCACAAUAAACCUACCGUCCAUAUCACCUACGAUGAAGGCAUUCAGGUCAUCCGCCAAUUUCUGUAUUAUGCUUCGAAGCAUCCCGUUGAGGACAUUCAAGCCUUUACGCGCCAGUCCGUCCCGAGCCCGCAUUGGGUGAGAUCGGAGACCAUCACCAUCCCCAACGAGCAUUUGUUGGUAGCAGCGGAAGUGCUCUGCAAGCAAUUGGGUCCCAAAGGUAUCCUUCGCGUGGGUGGGCAGAAAUGGUGGCAAUGGCGGGGCCCAUCGGAGGAUCUCAAGGGAGACUGGGUUGAAAUGCGAAGCCAUUACAAUGAAAGCAAAAAGAACGAGGAGCGCUGUAACCGCAUCAUGCUGUACGUGCAUGGCGGUGCAUACUUCUUCGGAAGUGUGGAUACGCAUCGCUACAUGUUGCAGCGUCAUGCGCGCAAGUUAAAGGGUCGCGUUUUCGCGCCUGAUUAUCGUCUUGCGCCCCAGUUUCCCUUCCCCUGUGGCCUGCAGGACUGUAUGGCGGCCUAUCUUUGGCUAUUGGAGACAUAUGAUCCCAAGGAAAUCAUUCUAGCUGGUGACUCUGCUGGCGGUGGAAUGGUGUUGUCAUUGCUAGUUAUGAUGCGUGAUCAAGGGAUUGCUCUUCCGGCAGGCGCCAUUCUCAUUUCGCCCUGGGUCGAUUUGACCCAUUCGUUCCCAAGCAUUGUGAAAGAUAAUCCAGGAGAUUACAUCCCUCCAUAUGGCUUUAGACACAAGCCUUCGACGGCGUGGCCACCUCCUAAUGCGGAUGAGCUCCUCAAGAUCAAGAAUUUGUCUCACAAAAAGACCGUUGCAGCUAAAGAUGUUGAAGAGACUGUUCCCAAAGCCAACAGCCAGUCAGAGGAGACUGCUGUCCGCGGUUACACUCUACAUGAGAAGGUGGCUCCGGGUGCAGGACCUGCUUAUCCAGGCCAGCAACAGAGUUCAGAUCCUCAAACUCUCCAAGGAGAGCCUGACAACAUUCACGUAGUGCUGGAUGGGAAGACCGUUGAACUUAAGGAUCAAAUUCAGAUGUAUGCGACUAAUCAAUUGAUCUCUCAUCCUCUGGUAUCACCAGUCCUUCAGUCUUCCCUUGGUGGCCUACCUCCCCUUCAGAUUCUGAGCGGUGGUGGUGAAAUGCUCCGUGAUGAGCAGUUCUACAUUGCCCACAAGGCGGCCAACCCGACAGCAUACCCGCCUGGCGAUGUGUACCUUGACGAAUACGAUCCUGACAGAGAGAUCCUGCAUAAGUACGAACCGACCUACGUGCAAUUUCAAGUAUGGGAUGAUCUUUGCCAUGUGGCGCCUACCUUGAGUUUCACCCGACCCGCAAAGUAUAUGUUCCGGGCAAUCUCUCAAUUUGGGUCCUGGGCCCUCGCUCGCGCGCAGAAUGCCGAGGUCGAGAUCGUGGAUGAUGAACUACUCUCCCCAAUCUCAUCUAGUGGUACAGAAAGUUCGGAGGGACCCCAAGGUUUCCAUGGUACUGGACAUCCAAGGACGAACACCGGGAUGUCGGUUGUUGGUAAAGCUGGCGAUCCGCUACCAGCCUUUCACCAGCAUAUGAUCCGUGAACGGGUCGACAAGCGCGGACGAACCUACCCACUUGAUCCACCAUCUUCCUACCCCGUUCUGGACAUCCCACCAGCACAAGUCGGUGCAAUCAACCCUGAGCUCAUCCGCAAAUGGUUGGUUGCAAAACACGAGUGGGAUGUGAAGUUUGCCAGAGAGAAGCUCAAGGUCCAGGCUCGGCGAAUCAAAGAAAUGUCCCAUGGUUUCCAAGACUUCGAAGGCGAAUACCCGUCCCCAAGUUCAUUGGCUGCCCGUCGCGCAGCCCCUGGCGUUCUACCCAAGCGUCAUGCGAAGAAGAAUUACGGCUUAAUGCUCUGGAGUGGUUGGGGCAGUAAGCAUGACGAACGUACUAUGGAGCGAGAAAAGGACGCAGAAAAAUCCGGUCGUCUCUCAACUCGCGCUAGCGUAGAUGCGGGGCAAGCAGGUCAAUGGUCCAGUCAGCCUGCGAAGAUUGUUCAGCCCGAUCCCUCCGAGAACCGGAAGUCUGUCGCCACGAACUCCAUGUCCAGUGGUGCCCCUGUAGUAACUUGGGAUGCUGCGAGUGAACAGAAACCCAACGGCGGAGGUCCCUCUACUGACGGGGACUCAGUAUCCCUUCGCCCCAUAUCGGAAAGAAAUGGUGGUCCGAUGCUGGUGCUCCCAGGGGUUGAUAACCGUAAGUUCAGCGAAGAGAAUGCGAGUACAAGAGCCCUGUUCCAUGCAGCGGGUACCCUACCCAUGACUUCUGAUGUCUCCCUCCCCCAAACUCGGGGUCGACCCUCAUCGAUUGGAGGUUCAGUGGCUGGCCGGAGCGAGUUCUUGUCUGAUGCAGGCGAAGACACCAGCACAAUUGGCGGUGAUGCGGUCAGCGGCAUUGUCGCACCCGAUGCCGCCAGCACACGUGCCGUACUCUCAGCUAGAGGUGUGAUCGGAGUUCUCAACGGAGGCGAUAAUGCCCGAGGAUCUAUCGAUACUUCAUCUCUGCAUCCGCAGCCCUCAGACGGUGAUGCCUUAGCGACUGAUAAAAAAGAUGUGGCUUCAAGCACCCAUCGGCCAGAGAUGCCCGAUAGGGAAGAUUUCAAAACCGCCUGCGAAGAGCUGUGA